AGUAGACAUUGCCUUCGUUUGACGUCGUGCACCGUUGCGUUUCUCUUUUUCGUCCAGUUUAGUCGUGUCGUCCUAUAUAAUUGCAACGGAGGUCAUGAAAUCGUUCACCAGUCGUGUGGUUCUCGUUUACCUGCCUAAACUACUGCGUUAUAACUGGAUUCCGUCUUUGUAUCUACAAAUUUUUGAAACAUCGUCUCUAACUCUAUGAAACACGACAUCACGACAAGAUCAGGGCAUUGCAUCUCUCAGACCCGCCUGUUGCUUGAUACCCAAUGAGCAUACCAACUACGUUUCACCUGCCCCAGACGCACGAGUUGUAAGUAGUGCUGGUCACAACAGACGACCAGUUACAUGCGAAAAAAAUUAUUCGUUUUCUUCUCCCUUUGCUUUAGCUUUACCCCCCAGUGAAAAUGCUCCGCCUAUUUGUGCUGCCUAUUCAUUGUUUAUUAGUUUGAGCGCGAUAGAAAUAGUGUCUGAACGCCACUCAGAAUCCCUCGAUGGAUAUACGACAUGAUCAUUGUGUUGUGCGAACUCACGACGUGAUUACGGUUGGAAAGCGAAUACGUAGUGUGCAUAGCAUGCGGGAUCGCAUGCGUGUUGUUUGUGUUCUGAGAGCCUUCAGCUCUGCAACUCCUAAGCCUGUGGAGGUGUACAACGUUCCAAAUGAAUCCACUGAGUUCAUGCACUUGCAUCGGUGCAUUGCGAAAGUACAUCUUCAUCUUGUGCUGAAACAGGUGCUAUGUACAUCAUCAUCUGAUCAUCAUCUUGAUCAUCUUCUUGCGUCCAAACGGGACCAAAACAGUAAGGAUCUUCAUCGUGGAACAUCAGACCAGCGGUCUUCUGACAAAUAGUCUUUUUGGAUUACUUUAUUUGUGUAGGACCAACAACAAAAAUUAUCCCGACGUGUUACAGCAACCCGCUCGCGUUGUUGUUCCACGCUGCUUGGUCGCUCCUGUUGUUGUUCCAAAAUAAGGCGCCAGUUAUUUCCAUUUCCUCCGUCACCGCCGUGAAAGUCGUCCUGCUCCGACAGAACAAGCAGAGGAAAAAAGUGGUGACAACGCGAAACCUUGUUUCACCCACGACAGUUGUACCAGCUGGUACAAAAACAUCAAACAAACUACCGGAAGAUGUAGAUGAAGAACUAGUAAGUGUGGAUACUGAAAGAAGUGGUCGUC